CUACAGGGGUUCAUCAAGAUAUACAAGCAGUUCUUCCCCCAGGGAGACCCCACCAAGUUUGCCUCUCUGGUGUUCAGAGUCUUUGAUGAGAACAAUGAUGGUGCGAUCGAGUUUGAGGAGUUCAUCAGGGCGCUCUCUAUCACAUCCAGAGGAAAUGUCGACGAGAAACUCCUGUGGGCGUUCCGGCUAUACGACGUCGAUAACGAUGGCUUUAUCACCAGAGAGGAAAUGUACAGCAUAGUUGACGCUAUAUACCAGAUGGUGGUGAGUAUAUCUAUGCCCCGCGAGGUAUGCUGUGAGUAUGCUUCUUCCUGCUGACGCUGCCUGCUCAUC